AUGCAGCCAACAACAGUCAGAUGUGGAUUGCAGCCCAGGAGACCGCUAAGGUCUUUUCGUGCCAACAAAGACUACUACAAAGGCAAUAGACAAGCUGCCCUUCCUGGGCAACGAACUGGCGCGCCCGGAGUUCAUGUCAAAGGGCGGCCAGCGUAUAAACUACUUGACUCGAAAGUUAGGGUGUUUGUGGCUCCACCUAUACAGGACAUUCUCGACUCACCACUAAAACCCUACGUCGAAGCCCGUGCACGCCCACGAGCGAAGCAGGUUCUCUUCAACGACAUGCCUGACGGCGGACUGAACGCUGCCUACUUUCUCGAAACUGCGCGCAAAUAUCACUUGGAAAAAUUUAGAGAGAAGCAAACGCCUGACAAGCAAGUAACCACCGCGCCAGCAUCACCAUAA